AUGGUAAAGUUAAUUUUUUAUUUAGAGUUUAAAAGUGAAAAGAGUAGAUCUUUUCUAAUUAGUAUUAAUAAUUUUGAAUAGUUUGUUCUAGUAUUUCCUUAAAUAGCUUUCUUCUCUUCCUAUACCUUAAGUGGCAAAUGGGGUUUUGCUACCCCCUUGGAGGUAAUAGAGAGGAGUGGAAGUAAAGGAGGAUUCCGAAGGAGAAGGAGGGGAGAAGUAUGAGGAAUUAUAAUUAUUCGAAGAAUACAAAAAUAAUGUUGA